GUGGAAAUAAGGUUCGCGAUUGGCCCCGUUCAGUGGGAACUGUGGGAUAGAAGAUCAGAAGAUCAUCCCGCACUGCGCAGAGCACCCCUGAGACACGACACAAGCCUUGGCAUUGACGCUGACAUUUGGGAAUGUGGAGACGUGACCUGAAGGGCUUUUAUAUCCAAAGACACCUCUUGCAUCUAUGCGCAAGAUGUGGUUAAUCCUCACAGUAGUAGGAAUUCACUGAACCAGGGUCAUGUCCGAACUCAAAGACGACACCGUGUCUCAUGUCGAGAUGUCUAAGGACGCACACCUCGACAGCCUAGAGGCUGAGAUGAGGACUGAAAUGCUCCAUUCAAAGACAAAGAAAUUCUCCAAGGCAUCGAUACAGCUGUAUCUCUUUUUGUUCUUGGCCUACUGCAACUCAUGGGGCACCGGAUUCGACUCCUCGCUCAUGUCAGCCAUGAACAGCAGCGACCGCUGGCACAGCGAUCUAGGUGUGCCCAAAACUGGCAGUCUCCUCGGCAUUGUUACCGCCAUCUACACCAUUGGCAAUAUGACAGGGUCAUUUGUCGCCGGACCAGCUGGUGAUCGCUGGGGACGGAAAGUGGGCAUGGUGAUCGGCAGCACAAUCACGCUGGUAGGUGCCAUAGUACUAUUUUCGGCUCAGAACCACCAUGCAUUCCUCGCCGGUCGCUUCCUGACAGGUUUUGGCCUGGCUAUCAACCGGUCCUCGGCGCCCUCGUGGGUGGCCGAAAUGAGUCCUCCGCAAUGGCGCGGUCCGGCUAUCAUGUUGUACAACUCGCUCUGGCUGAUCGGUGCGAUUAUUGCCAGUGCGAUUGCAUUUGCGUCGGGCCCGAUUCAGUCGUCGCUCUCUUGGAGAUUGCCAUUGAUCCUUCAGGUGGUGCCCACGUCGAUUGUUCUCCUUGGUGUCUGGUUCUUGCCCGAGUCGCCUCGGUGGUUGAUUGCCAAUGAUCGAUUAGACGACGCUCAUCGCAUCUUAACUAAAUAUCACGCAGACGGCGACGAGAAUUCUUGUCUUGUUUCUCUGGAGAUUGCCGAAAUGCGGGAGAGCAUUAAACUUGAGGCGUCUGAUAAACGCUGGUACGACUACUCGGAACUUGUCACCACGCGGGCAAAUCGGUAUAGGCUGUUUAUGGUUGUUUCGAUAGGAGUGAUCGGCCAAUGGGGCGGCAGCAACCUCACUGGGUAUUACCUGGCCAACAACCUGCGCAACAUCGGCAUCACAGCACCGAACCGGCUGCUGUUGUUCAACAUGGCAUACUACAUAUCGUCGUUGGGCGGGGCGACUAUUGGUUCAUUGCUCUCGAACAAAAUCGGUCGUCGUCCGCAACUCCUCUUCGGGUGUCUGUCGAUGAGUGCAUGUUUAGUUGCUCUAACCGGGGUGACAUCGCAAUACCAUCGGGGAGAAGCAUCCUCGCUGUCUAACCUUACUAUUGCAUUUAUCUUCUUCGUCGGCAUUUUCCAUGCCGGGGGAGUGAAUCCGCUGGUAGUCGCGUAUCCAGUGGAAUGUCUACAUACAAAUACACGCUCAAAGGGCAUGGGGGUUAAUAAUUUAGUGCUCAACGCGGCGGAGUUUGUGAAUACGUAUGCGGCACCCAUUGCGUUGGCGAAUAUUGCCUGGAGGAUUUAUAUUGUGUAUGCGGUUUGGAAUAUUGUGCAGGCUAUUUGGGUGUACUUGUUUUUUGUGGAGACAAAGGAUAGGACUUUGGAGGAGAUGGAUGAGAUUUUCGAGGCGAAGAGCCCGGUUAAGGCGUCCAUACGUAGAUGAUGCAAAUGCUCCAAUUCUUAGUAUUCUGAUACCUGAACCACUUAUGGUGCUAAAAUACCAUCAGUCUACCUUGACUAUGUAUAUCUAUGAGUGAUUCUUCAAAUCAAUGAGAUAUCCAGAAAUCACCAAGUUCACGGUACUGCUUAAUGAGUACAUGUGAUAUUCUUAUCAGCUUCAAAUGUUCUAAAUGUCCAAUUAUACAUGUUUGGUAUUGAC